AUAAACAUUGAGAUCAAAGCAACUAAUGCCUAUUUGGCACACCUUUGAACUUUACCAAUUCGGAACAGAGGAUAUCGAGAGAAAAGUUUUAUUUAUAUAUAUUAGGGUUUGUCGCUGCAUCUCACUGCCACCAGAAAGAAUGGAGAAUCACAGGCUUGAGCGGAAGCAUUGCCUCCUGAAGCCGUUCUUAUCGGUGGUCCCGUUCUGCAUGUUCCUGGUGAUGGAUAUCUACUGGAAGUACGAUACCCGGCCGAGCUGCGACGGCGAAUCCUACAGCCCGAGCGAGCAGCUCCGCCACCAGAAAUCAAUCAUGAAGAGCCAGAGGAACGCCCGGUUGAUCGCCGCCACGCUGAUCUUGUAUUGGCUGCUUUACUCCGUCACCAAUCUCGUCGUCAAGAUCGAGCAGCUGAAUCAGCGCGUUGAGAGGCUCAAGAGCAAGGAGUGAUGGAAUGUGCUCGGCGUCGACGGUGGAAAUUAAAAUAUUUUAAUUUUA